AUGGGUUCGUGUUGUAGUUGCUUCAAGGAACCUGCUACAGGGUCUUUAUCCUCAGGCUCACAUGUGGGUGGUGUUGGCGAUUCUGGCGAGGACUCCAAUAUCAUGCCGAUAGCGGAUAAUGAAAGAGAAGCCGUUACGUCUUUACUGGGUUACCUAGAAGAUAAGGACAACUUGGAUUUCUACUCCGGUGGGCCGUUAAAGUCGUUGACCACUUUAGUUUACUCCGAUAAUUUGAACCUACAGAGAAGUGCAGCUUUGGCGUUUGCAGAGAUUACUGAAAAGUACGUGAAACAAGUUUCCAGGGACGUGUUAGAGCCAAUCCUUAUUUUAUUGCAGAGUAACGACCCUCAGAUUCAAGUUGCUGCCUGCGCUGCUUUAGGAAAUCUUGCGGUGAACAAUGAGAACAAACUACUGAUUGUGGAAAUGGGUGGGUUGGAGCCCUUAAUCAACCAAAUGCUGGGAGAUAACGUUGAAGUGCAGUGCAAUGCAGUUGGCUGCAUCACCAACUUGGCUACAAGAGAUGAUAAUAAACACAAGAUUGCUACUUCUGGCGCACUGGUUCCCUUAACCAAACUAGCCAAGUCGAAACAUAUUAGAGUACAAAGAAACGCAACGGGUGCAUUAUUGAACAUGACGCAUUCCGAGGAAAACAGACGGGAAUUGGUCAAUGCUGGCGCUGUUCCAGCACUCGUUUCUCUACUAUCCUCACCCGAUCCUGAUGUGCAGUAUUACUGUACCACAGCGCUCUCGAACAUCGCAGUUGAUGAAUCGAAUAGGCAGAAACUGUCGCAUACGGAACCAAGGUUGGUUUCGAAAUUGGUGACCCUUAUGGAUUCACCAUCCUCAAGAGUCAAGUGUCAGGCCACACUAGCUUUAAGGAAUUUAGCUUCAGAUACCAGCUACCAAUUGGAAAUUGUAAGGGCCGGCGGACUACCCCAUUUGGUAAAACUAAUCAAGAGUGAUUCGAUUCCCCUGGUACUAGCCAGCGUUGCUUGUAUCAGAAAUAUAUCGAUCCACCCACUUAAUGAGGGGUUGAUAGUCGAUGCAGGGUUUUUGAAACCUUUGGUACAGUUAUUAGAUUACAAGGAUUCGGAGGAAAUUCAGUGCCACGCUGUAUCUACCCUAAGAAAUCUAGCUGCCUCUUCCGAGAAGAACCGCAAAGAGUUUUUUGAGAGUGGUGCCGUUGAGAAAUGUAAAGAGCUGGCCUUGAACUCUCCAAUCAGUGUUCAAAGUGAAAUAUCGGCAUGUUUUGCUAUCCUUGCCUUGGCCGAUGUAUCAAAGCUAGACCUAUUGAACGCGAACAUCCUCGAUGCGUUGAUUCCAAUGACUCUUUCGCCUAACCAAGAAGUUUCAGGAAACUCUGCUGCUGCAUUGGCCAAUUUAUGUUCUAGGAUCAGUAACUACACGAAAGUUAUUGAGUGUUGGACACAACCAAGCUAUGGUAUCCGCGGGUUCCUAAUCAGAUUUUUACAAAGCGACUACGCAACUUUUGAACACAUCGCUUUGUGGACCAUUCUGCAACUAUUGGAGAGCCAUAAUGUCAAAGUCUUAGAGUUGGUUAAGAAAGAGGACCAAUUAAUUGCUGACGUCAAAAAGAUGGCUACAAUCACUAACGAGAGGCUACAAAGGCCUGGUAUCGAUGUAACAGGCCAUGGAAAUAGCAACGGUGCUAAUGCUACUACGAAUAAUGGAGGCCAGGGUUCAUAUGACGAGGCCUCUGCGAACAACGAGGAGAUGGGUGGAAACUCGAGAGCUUCAGACUCCGCCGAAGAUGCAAGUUUGGAAUUGUAUAAUAUUACCCAGCAAAUUUUAGAGUUUCUAAACUAA